AUGGCUGACAUGCUACACAAAGCAAUUCAAUCGAUGUCAUUGGAAGAGGAGGAACCGCUCACACUUCCAGACAGUCCACGAUUCAGAGUUUACGACAAGAAUGAAACCAGUUUGCUUGGUCGGUUGCUAAAUCCAGAUUGCCAAUCUAUGGCGCGGAUGAUAGAGUACAUGCCAACGGCGUGGAGAGUGUACGGCAGGGUUCGUGGGAUUGCGUUAUCACGUGACCGUUUUCAGUUUGUGUUCCAGCGAGAAGAGGAUCUCCAAACGGUGCUGGAUGAUAGACCUUGGUCAUACAAUCAUUGGGCCAUGGUCAUUGAUCGCUGGACUGCUAAUCCUCCUGAGGACUUUCUCCAAUCCAUGGAGUUAUGGAUUCGUAUUCGUCACAUUCCGGUGAACCUUUUCACUACAGAUACGAUGUAUGCACUAGCCAAGGAGAUUGGAAAGGUUGAGGUGAUUGCAUACGAUCCUAAGGUGUCGCACACGAAAGACUAUAUCCGUGCAAAAGUCCUUUUUAAUGUUGACAACCCAGCGAAGGCGUCGCGCAAACUUAAUGUGUCCAAGGAGGAGACAGUAACUAUUGAGUUUGAAUAUGAGAAGAUUCAUAAACGUUGUUUCCAUUGUCUGCGCCUUACACAUGAAAAGAUUAGGUGUCCUUUACUGAGAAAGGGUACUUCUAUGAACAAGAGUGUAACACAAGUUCCUCGAUCUUUGAAUGUGGGACCUGUGAUAAGAGACACACUUGAGGGGCCUCCGGGUUUUUCUGUUCUAUUCCCAGAACUGUCCAAAGAAGAUAGGAAAAUGGCGUUGCUGUAUAUUUCUCACUCUGAUGAGACAGAAAGAAGAGCGAGGAUCUUACGUGUCCAGCAAGGCAUUGAUGAGAAUAAGGCUGAAUCUUCGAUCCGUUUGACUAAGAUUACGAAGGAACUUGAUAAAGGGAAGGGACAUGUAUUCUCAUAUCAAGAGUUUGCGGAUGAUAGUUUACACAACUCUGACCCUCUGCGACGUUCUAAGAUUAGGCUAUCUAUCGGUGAUAAGGAUGAGGGAGACUCAGAGUCUUCUGCUCCAAAGUUCUCGGCAUGCUCUGAACCCAUUGUUCCUACGGGUUUUCGGCUUGGCCCUUCUUCGGAAGGGCGAGUCUCCGGGACCCAGGGGAUGAGCAAAGCAUCGAGGAGGCGUCCUUCUUCCUGGAAACGGAAAGUUGUCACCAAAGCCAAUGCCCCUUUAACUUCUACAGCUCCGGUGGUCUCACUCAAAGCUGGCAGUUCCAAAAGAAAACCAUCUCCUCUUGUUCCAUCAGACAACAAAGCAUCCAAGGUCUCAGACUCUACGGUGGCUUCCGUAUUGAAGCCGCUGCAGCCCCAAUGA